AUGACAACAGUUUUCAGGAGCAAGAAAAUUUAUGACAACAAACACCCUUUGGCUUACAGGCACUGGAAUUCCAUCAAGACUGGGAUCAGGCUAACGAAAUAUAAAGGCCCCGGCAGCGGCCGAACGACCCGGGACUCCUACCGGCGGGCGCUGCCCAGUUCGGGCCCGGGACAACGGGACUGGGACCGGGACCGGGACCGGAACAGCGGUACAGGACCUGGACAGCAGGACCAGCACUGGGAUAGCGGGGGUACUCGAGGGACGCCGAGGGCAGCUGGUUCCGCUCCCUCUUCGUGCACAAGGUGGACCCCCGCAAGGAUGCCCAUUCACCUUCUCUCCAAGAAGGAGACCAGCAACCUCUACAAAAUCCAGUUUCACAACGUGAAGCCGGAGUGCCUGGACGCCUACAACAGCCUGACAGAGGAGGUGCUGCCCAAGCUCCACUCGGAUGCUGACUACCCCUGUGACCUGGUGGGGAACUGGAACACCUGGUAUGGCGAGCAGGACCAGGCAGUGCACCUCUGGCGCUUCUCGGGCGGGUACCCGGCCCUCAUGGACUGCAUGAACAAGCUCAAGCAGAAUAAGGAGUACCUGGACUUCCGCAAGGAGAGGAGCCGGAUGCUGCUGUCCCGCAGGAACCAGCUGCUCCUGGAGUUCAGCUUCUGGAAUGAGCCCCUGCCCCGCCAGGGACCCAACAUCUACGAGCUGAGGACCUACAAGCUGAAGCCAGGGACCAUGAUCGAAUGGGGCAACAACUGGGCUCGGGCCAUUAAGUACCGGCAGGAGAACCAGGAGGCUGUCGGUGGGUUCUUCUCCCAGAUCGGGGAGCUGUACGUUGUGCAUCACCUCUGGGCCUACAAGGACCUGCAGUCCCGGGAGGAGACGAGGAAUGCAGCCUGGAGGAAGAGGGGCUGGGAUGAGAACGUGUACUACACGGUCCCGCUGAUCCGCACCAUGGAGUCACGGAUAAUGAUCCCCCUGAAGAUCUCACCCCUGCAGUGAGGGGGGACUCUGCGCCAGGGUGUCUGCCUGCGCCUGGAGGGGCUGGCUCCCUGCCUGCACCCCAGCCCUGCUAGGGAAGGGCUGGGGGGUCUCUGCUCCCCUUCCACCCCUGUUUUGGGGUGCCCUGGGAGGGAUGAGAGUAGGGAGGGGAAGG